AUGGGGAAGCGGGUCUCGUCAGGGUCUGCAGGUGGCCGCGCAGGCAAGAAGCCUAAGGGCCAGCAGAAAGCAGACGUUGCUGAUGACCCCAAGUUCGCCCACGCCCGAAAGAUUUGCGACUGGCUUUUUGGUGGCCCUGACAGGUAUCUCAUGCAAAAAUACAAGAAGCAGGCUAGGGUCAAGAUCGAAUACAGUGUGGACAUGACCGCUGGGGCCAAGUACCUUCGCUUGUGGCAACUCUCUUUCAGGUCCGACUUCGGAUUGCCAGGUAUGUCAGACCCUUUCGACAUGUGCACACUCAUCGAACUUGUGCUGACGCAGGGGUUUCGCACCGACGCCAAUGCGGGCGCCGAGAAACUGAACGUGACGGUUCCUUCUAAAGCUUGGCUCGAAGGCCCCUACAAAGAGCUUCCUCCACUAGUGGAGGGUAUCCUGAGCCCAUUCUCCAUUGGGUUCAUCAAAGGGUGGCGUCGUGGACUUGCUGCUCUAAUCAUAUGCGAGGGUGUCAAAUCUUUGGGCAUUGAGCUGUCAGAACUCACAGAUUCCUUCAAGGCCUCGUUGCGAGUUGUUCAUGGUGCCGUUUCUGCCUAUAGCACUCCAAAAGAAGCAGUGUGGGCAUCUCGAGGCAUCACAAUGUCAUCCACACAGACGCGACGCCCACCGAACGCAAUGAACUUCAUUCGUCAGCUAGAGGUGCUUCAGAAGAGCGGGGAAAGCCAAGAGUGGCACAGUUCAACAUCGAUUGCGCGAGCCUUCCACAUCGGGGACAAGGAAGCGAAAGCAGUCGCAUAUUUACAAACGAGGAUUGGGAAAGCCAUGGUUGAGAAGCUACGAGCUGGCGUAAGGAAGCGAGGUAUGCGCCAAUGGCUUUCUCACGAUGUGAUUGCGGCUGAAAUGUUCAAUGAGGGAUGGAGCUCUGGGAAGACGGGCGCUUUGAUCCCAUGGCAAGCUGAGCUCACAAACCUCAGCGACAAUGCGCUGGUUGAGUGCUUUCUAGACCGGCUUGAGGGCGAUUGGGACCGUGCGAGCACAAAGAAAAGCUGGAUGUACCGAGAUGCAUGGAGCAUCCAUGCUGCGAGUGGCGGCUUCCUCGCCAUUAUCCAGCAGCUGCGUGAGUCCGUUCCACAGAAGGAUUACCAGGAGGCUUUGCCAAACCUUUGGAACCAGUUCAAGCUUGGAAUUUUGGACGGUGACAUUCUGACUUUCCUUGAGGGAGCAGUGCCGCCUGUGUCUUUGGAUCAAGUGCCCUUCGUCAGGAACAUGAUCACUGCAGUAGAACAGCGGAAACUUCGCGAAGCUCAGCAAACCGAGAGAGAGAUCCAAGACAAGAUCAACUCGGCAACAGUUGAGCAGAUUCGGAAGGGACAGGACUUCACGAAAGACUUUAUGGACUGGAAGUGCAAAUUUGUUUUCCCAAAGGCCACAGAGUCAGCGGGCCAAUCCUUUGCUGAGACAGCCAGCUUCAUUUCAAAGUGGGCUGCCAAAGAAUCGACAGGCAGAGUGCUAGUGCUUUGCAGUCUAGACCUAUGCGUUUGGCCAAGCAACUCCUCCUACGUUCAGAACUGCUUGAGCAGUUUUGCACAGAUCCUGGCCAUGGCACCUUUGCACGUAGGUCACUGCCAAGUACCUGUCAUGCAGAAGCAAACUACAACGGAGGCGUGGAUAAAGCAUAAACGUGCGCUUGAGGACUCCCUGAAAAAGUCACGCAUGGACGUGACACAACACGUCGCGCUGUCGUUCGACAAGAGUGGAAGUCAUGCCAACGAUCGCAGAAGCGUCCUUCAUCAGUGUCUCUUUGUCACUGCCUUGGACCGUGAGCAGAAUGCUUGGAGCUCUUGUGCAGCAGCCACCAAGGGUGUCAUUGGACCAUGCCCUCUUAUGCGCGUCUCAGACAUGGUUGGGUUUGAUCCUGAUAAUCGAUUCGGAGCAGCCAGCAGAACGGAACAGAAAGGGAUCCCUGCUCACAGUGAGAUCAUCUCUUCCUACCUUCGAGGGAUUGAAUGCCAAGAUGGAGACAUUGUGAUUUUCGUGGACUGCUUGCCGAAUCGGUACUGUGAAUUUGGACAAGCGAUUUUGGCACGACACCUUGACGAGUCCAAUCGGCGGCCACCGCUCUACUACCUGGGUUUCCUCCGUGAAGAGCAGAGGGACACCGCCGCAAUGAUUGAGGACAAAGUCUACAAGUACUGGGACUCGUCAGACAUGGCCCCUGGGAAGCAGCGCCCUUCUGAAUCGAUUGCAGAGCCGACGCUUGAGCUCUUGAGUUGGGUAAACAGUGCCCCGCGCUUUCCUGACUCUCUUCUCACGAAGUUUGGUGAGGGAACGGGCCCUCACAGUGAGAUCCACGCCAUGAAGAAGGAGCUUUUGCAAGAGUUCCCUCAAGCAGGAGGCGGAGACAAUAGGCCAACGUCAACUCGGCCUCAGACGGUGCGGGCCUCGGGUCGUCCCGACUAUUCCAUUGACGGCGGCGGGCGCCCUCUGGACACAUCCCGUGUGAUCCAAGCCGCGCACACAGCUGCAAGCGCUUUCGGGGUUGAGAGGAAGUGGUACUGCCCUGCUGCUCGGGGCAAGCCAGCUGUGGUGAUCGACUCCAACUUUGCGAUUCACCUUGGCAACGAGACGGACCAAGAGAUGUCCCUCACUGCGAUGGAAAUUUGCGGUUUCAACACUGGAACAUUUGAGCAAAAGAUUAUUGCAGGUCUGGGCGAAGCAGAACUUGAUGGCGUGUGCUUUCGAUUUUCCUCCGACCUUUGCUUGGUGUCCUACGAGAGGAAGCUCUAUGCAAUUGCAGACUUUUUGCACCACUGCAUGACAGUGCACGGAGUGGCGGAGAUUGAUUUUUCCAACCACCAGCUGAUUCAGAAGACCUAUCCCUUGGAGGAGGACUCAGCGGAAGCCGUUCCAGUACCGUACAGGUAUGGCAUGAGUCCUGCACGGAACGGUAUGUGCAAUGUCUUCAAGCCGAACAUGUUAAGCUCAAAUGACACUGUCAGGCAUGCAAUGAUUGGAGCCGGAUUCUGUGGACACAUGGACAAGCUGCCCCGUGGUGCUGAGUCUGCGCUUCAAGUGGUUUGGGAAGUGGACUUGCAAACAGGCUCAGGCAGCCCCAGAGUGGUUGGCCUCAAGCCGAAGAUCUAUUUGACGGGUUCAGUCACUCUCCCUCCCAACACGUGGACCAAGAUGUGA